UCACUUCACUCUUCAAAUUCGAACCAAACCAGCAAUACAAGAUGCACUUCACCACCACCUUCUUCAGUCUCCUCCUCGCCACUAUGGCCUCCACCACCGCCAUCCCCGAGGCUAACACCAACGACAUCAUCGCCCGCUUCCCAAGCGCCCUUGUCUCGAGUGACGCCGCACUCGUCGACCGCUCCGCCGAGCUUACCGCCCGCGCCUGCAACUGCGGUAGCGCGUUUUCCUGCAGCAAGAGCGUCAAAGAGUGCUGCAAGAGUACCGGUGGGUAUGGGAUGUGCAAGACCGAUAUUCGUAAGUGCAAGUGUGGGACACAGUGCAAUCCGCUUCAGUGUAAGUGGUAG